GUUUUCCCCACUCACCGUUACCGCCCGCCCACGUCGCCUUACGCCUCAUUCAGAUUCUCGAAUCCAAUCAAAUUCCAAUAAUUUCACUUUAACCGCCGUCCGCCACCGCCUUUCUCCUCCAUCCACCGCCGCGAAUUCCUCUUGAGAUUCCCCAUUUCCCCGCUUCCUGAUUCUCUUCCUUUCUCUCUCCUCCAAUUCCUUCUGCUCCCACGAAACCCUGAUAUCCCCUUUCCCCCAAUCAGGGUUUCUCUACAUCCUCAUUUCCCCUCAGAUUUCCAGAAAAAUUUUGGCCUUCUCAUCCUUUUUAUCCAAUGCUCAACCCUAGGUCUUCUGAUAAGUCAAAUUCAGUCUUCCAUCUUUGUUUUAAUGGAUUUAAAUUAGGGCUCUGUAUUGUAAAUAGCUGGUAAUAGAUUAUUGAGCUCGGUUGUUGUAUCUUAUGCAGAAUAGCUGAUUUAUAUAGGGUUUGUGCAUUGGAAAUAAUUAGGAAAUGAAGCAACAGAAUAAGAAGAAGAGGAGGAAAUCGAAAGCUUCGAAAAACGAUGGAGUUUGCAAUUCUGAGGCAGCUGCUCCAUGUAAUGAUGAGGAUGUUUUGAGGAGAAUAUUGGAGCCUUUCCCUUGUGUUUCUGUUGAAGAAGCAGCCUCGGCUUACAAGGAAGCUAAUGGGGACCUGAACAAGGCUGCGGAGAUUCUUGGAAGGUUGGUGGAGAGCCGGGAGGAUAGGAGCACCACCUCCUCAGUUUCGAGCUGGAAUGCAGGUUCUAGCUCGUGUAUGAGUACGCCUGAGGAGGUGUUUGGAGAGGAUCAUAAGGCUCAGUGUGCGGUUAGGCAGAAGAGUAAGAUGAAGAAGGUUGUGGCUUCUGCUGGGACGGUGUCGACUGUGUUGGGGAAGGACUAUGUGAGCUCGACGCCAAAGAAGAAUUCUUCGAGAUUGAAGGGAUUUAAUGUUGAAAGUUACAGCAGCAAGGAAGAUAUGGAACAGUUCCUGUGCUCAAUGCUGGGAGAGGAGUCCCAGCUGAGCUUCUCUGUGGUUAGAGACGUGCUCUGUCAGUGUGGAUAUGAUGCUGAUAAGGCUCUAAACAUUUUGCUUGAAUUAUCAGCGUCCUCAGUUGAACAGACAAACACCGGAGAAGAGGCUUUUUUUUUCACUGACAGAAUCUCUGAUUCUUCUUCCUCGUCGGGAAGUGAUUUUCAAGAAAAUAUGUUGUAUGCAGGGAACCCAUGCAGGAAUCAGUUGAACUUUCUGGAUGGCGUUGAGCACUCUUUGCCCAGACAAGGAAAUUCGUCACAACUCUCGAAGGAAGUGCUAAAAUCCUUGUUUAAUAUGCCCACUCCUAAGAGCGCGGAACAUGAACCAGGUACUCUAAACUGGAGGAAUGUGGUGACAAAAAUGACGUCCUUGGGACUGAAAUCUGAGCCUUCCUCUGCCAACAGCAUUGCAGAUCCUCAUAACUAUGCUAAAGGAGAUGACUACCAGGUCUUCAGAGAAGCUUCAACAUGUCACUGGGAAUCAAUGAAAUCGUACUACCAAAAGGCUGCUUCAGCUUUUGCCAAUGGUGAACGGCAAUAUGCUGGUUAUCUUGCUGAUCAGGGCAGGGCACAAAACAGGAAGGCUCUGGAGGCUGAGGAAAAGGCUAGCCAGAAUAUAUUUGAAGCCAGAAAUAAGAGCAUAGAAAACAUUAUUACUAUCGACUUGCACGGGCAGCAUGUCAAAGAAGCAAUGAGGCUCUUGAAACUUCACCUUCUAUUUGGUGCAUUCGGACGAUCUGUGCGAUUAUUCAGAGUAAUCACUGGAUGCGGGGGCCAAGGUGUCGGGAAAUCCAAGCUGAAACUAACAGUAAUAAAUCUAUUAGAGAAGGAAGGAAUCAAGUGGAGUGAGGAAAAUAGGGGAACAUUGCUCAUCAAGCUUCAUGGACAAACAAACUUCAGCUUUCUAUAUUCUGAUAGUGAUAACGACUGACUAGUGAGGAAUUGCUAGUAAUUUAUAACCUCGUAACUCUUGCUUUGUUAUUAGACCAACCUAAGUGUCAAUUAGCUUUAGCUCCAUUGUAAACUAGAGUGUAACCAGUGGUUAAGCUAUGCUGACAUGGUCUGUACAGUGUUCUCUCCAACUCCAUCAGUUGUAUUACUCUACUGUAAUGUUUUAAAUCUCAUCUUUUAAUGUUAUUAAUUCUCAUCAGUUGUAUUA